GUCUGCGACGUGUCUUGUCAAUUUUGACAAACCUAAUUAAAUUUUUAAGGAAAAAUACAAAUAAUGGAAUAUUUUAAAAGCGGUUUAAAGUCUGUUUUAGGCGCUCCACCGCCUGGAACACAAAUAACUGGAGCCGAAACGGUGGAAAAGUUAGUGUCUCGAGUUAGUACUAGUACGUUGUUAGAAGAUAGAAGAGAUGCAUGUAGAGCACUCAAAGCUAUGUCCAAACAGUACCGUCUUGAAGUUGGGGCACAGGGUAUGGAUAUACUUCGUCAAGUAUUGGAACUUGAUAGGAAUGAUUGUGAAAUAACUGGGUAUUGUCUAGAUGCUUUAUGCAAUAUCACUUCAAAGGAAGUUUUUGAAGAUGAAAAUCAAAGUAACAUGAACAUGGCUGUGAAUGUUGGUGAACAGUUUUCAGAGAUGUUUUUGAAAAACCAAGAAAAUGUGUCAUUGGUUUUGAGUUUUUUGGAUGAAUAUGAUUUUAGAGUGAGAUGGCCAGCAGUAAAACUCCUCACAUCACUAACAACAUGCAAACUUAAAGAAAUUCAGGAUAUAAUCUUAGUGAGUCCGAUGGGGGUUUCAAAAUUAAUGGAUUUGUUAAGCGAUAAUAGAGAAGUAAUAAGAAAUGAUGCCCUUUUAUUGUUAAUAAAUCUAACAAAAUCCAAUGCCAACAUACAGAAAAUUGUAGCUUUUGAAAACGCAUUUGAUAAGCUUUUAAACAUCAUCACUGAAGAAGGUUAUACAGAUGGUGGAAUUGUAGUAGAAGAUUGUUUGCUGUUGAUGCUGAAUCUUCUAAAAAAUAACACAAGCAACAUCAAUUUCUUUAAAGAGGGUUCAUACAUACAGAAAUUGGCUCCAAUGUUUAUUUUACCAGAUAAUCUCGAAGAGGUAGGCUGGAGUCCUCAGAAGAUAUCAAAUUUUCACUGUGUUCUACAGUUAGUGAGAACACUCGUGUCUCCGAAUAAUCCCGCACAAAUAAUUACAAGUUGCCAAAAAACACUGAGAGAUGCGGGAUUAUUAGAGUCUCUUUGUAAUAUUCUGAUGGCCAGUGGUGUUCCAGCUGAUAUUCUUACUGAAACAAUCAACACUGUGGCAGAAGUGAUUCGUGGCAAUUUAACUAAUCAGGAAUUUUUUGCUAACGUUUUAGCACCAUCAAAUCCUCCAAGACCAGCAUUGGUGGUUUUAAUAAUGUCUAUGGUUAAUGAGAAACAACCUUUUGCUUUAAGGUGUGCUGUGUUAUAUUGUUUUGAGUGUUUCCUGUAUAAAAAUGAAAUAGGGCAAGAUCUGGUGGUUCAGACACUUCUACCAAGUUCAACUGGAAAUACAACAGUUACAGCAGGCCAAUUGUUAUGUAGCGGCUUGUUUAGUAACGAUUCUUUGAGCAAUUGGUUUUCUGCAGUUGCUUUGUCACACUGUCUUAUAGAAAAUCCAGCCCAAAAAGAGCAGUUACUAAGGGUUUUGCUAGCUACAAAUUUAGGAGCUCAGCCUGUCACAUUACUGAACCAGUGUGGUGUGUUUUUGCAACAUACCAGCAAACUACAAGCAAAAUUGGGUAUACUAAUGUUGCUUUCUAUGUGGAUGGCUCAUUGUCCUGCUGCAGUGAAGAUUUUUUUGAAUGUGCCAGGAGCAAUGGCUUUUUUGACAGCCCAGACUUCAGCUAGCGAAUUUGACAAUAAUGAGGAAUUACUACAAGGACUUUGUGCCUUCAUUAUGGGCCUCUGUGUCCUUUUCAACGACAAUACUGUACAGAAUUAUUCAAAAGAAAAUCUUUCUCAGCUCAUUGAAAAACGAGUCUGUAUAGAAACAUACUGUAAAAAACUUAAUGAAAUAUCUAGACAUGAAGUUUAUGCCAAAGCAGCAAAACAACCCCAAAUUAAAGCCAAGCAUUCCAGCGAAUUAUUGCUGGAAUUUGAGUUUUGCAAGUUGUUCAAAGUUAUGGAAGGGCUAAUCAUCCAAGCUUUGGGUGUUCAAAGAGAUCUAUCAAAUGGUAUAUCAGAACUGAGCUUGAGUGAGCAUGAAAAUGCUUUGUUAUUACAGUAUAAAGAGUUGAUUAGAGAUCAGGAUAAGAAAUUACAAGACUUGCAGAGGAAGUUCAAUCAUCUUCAGAAGGAAUGUAAUGAUUUGCAGACACAAGUGGAAGAAUUGCAACAAACCAAUACACAAUUAGUGGAUCAAAAUACUUUGUUAAAAGUACAGUUAUCCACAGCGAAUACGUCGCAUGUCACGAAUAUCAUACAUGAAGUUAAAUCAAUGUCGCCUGAAUCAGCAGAGCCAUAUCCAGUGUUUAUUCACGGAAACAACGACCUACUUUUAGACAGAAUAAAAAAAUUAGAAGCAGAUAAUGAAAGGCUUGAGAAAGUAGAAUCAGAAUUAGCAGAGAAAACAUCAGAAUUAGAAAGUUACCAAAGAGAUCAGGACGAUCUUUUAGAAUUACUAACGGCACAAGACACUAAAUUAAACAAAUUCAAAGAACGAUUGAGGCAAUUGGGUGCUUUAUCGAGAAGCGAUGAGAGUUCUUCCGAUUUAUCCGAUAACGAUAACGACAGAGAUAGCGGACCAUCUUUACUCUAAUUUUUUAGUAUUUAAGUCAAACGAUUCGCAAGUAUAGUUUGUCCAGCAAGAGAAAAUACUAUUUAGAAAGAGAACAUCCAAAAAAUAACAGAAAAAAUGAGAUUGAUAUAUAUUUGAACUAAA